AUGUCAUACAAGGAAGGCUUUUUAUCCUCCGACGUGGUUAAUGAUGCACAACUUCUCAAGGCAAUUGAAAUUUUAAAAGAAAAAACGUCGACUUCAGCCUCUUCAUUAGCGAGUGUGCUGAAUGUUGUUAAAUACGUUCUUGGCAAGCCAUACUUCCCUGAAACCGUAUUUGGAAACAAAAAAACCAUUUCUUUCGAUAUUAAAGGUCAAAGCUAUGUAGUUAAAUUUGUGACUUGUAAUAAAGGAACUUCCGAACAUAGCGCAACCCCUAUGGAUGUUGACAAUGCACGUCUCGGAAAUAAUGGGUCAAAUAGUCACUCUUCCCACGCUUCCCAGUCGUCGUCUUCACCACAACUCUUACAACCUACUAUCGCUGACAUCCUUGGCGAUUCCAAAUUUCUUAGACUUAUAGAUCUACUUCAACAAAAAACCGAAGAAUCUCCACUCAAAUUAGCAAGUUUAUUAUGUAUUAUAAAGGCUGUGCUUGAUGACGUUGGAUUAAAAGGUCGAUUAUUCCAAAAUAAAAUAAAGUUUUUCCACAAAAAUUCACGAGAAUAUAUGAUAGAAUUUCAUGAUCAUGAUUCAGAACAUAUAAUUAACGACGCAAAUGGUAACCUUUCUCAAGAUACCAAUACAUUAAAGACUGAACACCACGAUGAUGACGAUGAUAUGAUGGACGAAUUGGAAAAAGAUGAGAUUGAAACUGUUCCACACGAAAAUGAGGUAUGGCGCGCUCAUAUGCCCACAGUUUCUAAAAGAAAGCGUAGUGGUGAAAGUCCCAAUUCAGAUGAAGAUCACAAUCCACAACCAAAUACUUCUACCAAAAGACGAUCAACGGAUAAACAUAAGGCGCCUCCUCUGAGCUGUGAAGCUGUUAAACGUCUUUUCACAACUAUCACUAAAGCAACUCUUAUUCAGAGACUCGAAGAAUCAAAAGCUUUAAUCUCGGCUAUCAAAGAAAGUUAUGCCAACAUCCGUCCACCUGCUCAAUCUACAAAUUUAGCAUCAUCAUCACGCCUAAACCUUCUAUGUCAUCUUCUUCAAUCACCACCAACAUCCCGAAUUGAUGGAAUCUCUUCUAAAGUUUUUUCAAACUUGGAACUUUAUAAAUUAUUUACUACUUACAAUUCUUACAAAGAAGAAGUCGCUCAAAAUAAUCAUAUUGAUCCAUUAAAUUCACCAAACAAACGCAGUCAUACUUCACCUUCUUCAGAUCCAUCAUCACCUAUCACUUUUCCUACUUAUUCUUCAUUUAUCGAUCCAACAGUUACCUUACACAUCAAAGAACAAACUGGCGGUAAAGAAGUUGGAAAGCACCGCUUGAAUUGUGCAUGGAGGCUUAGCAUAUUAUGUGAGUUACUAG